UAAAUAAAGCCCUAUUACCAAGAAAGGCGUUCAUUAACAGCCGUCUGACUUGUGUUCACGUUUGGUGGCUCGGUUUGUAUCGUGUUAUCUCUAAUUUCUCUAAUAGCGUUGACUUUAGAGUUAAAACGGCACUAAACAGCCAUGAGUGACGCCGAAAAGGAGUUUGUCGAUCGGGUUAAGGUUGGAAGAAGAGAAAUCUGGACGAAGUCAAAUGUCAAGUUGUUAAUGCGAAUAAUUUGAAGCUGAAUUUUCAAUGCAUGCUAAUAUUUCGAAGCAAAGAAGUUCCCAUAUAGCAGUUAUGGGCAGUGAGAGAAAUGGGGGAAGAGGAAUGAAGUCAGAAAUGAAAUUGUAACUGAAGAAAGAAGACAAGAUGUGUUAUGAAGUUAAGAUCAGAAGUUAUCUGGGAUAAGAUCACAGCGCUAAGUAACUCCUUAGAGUCCCGUUCCGCAUCUAGGAGCGGAAGUGCUAGAGGAUCCGCUAAAUCAGCCAGUCGCUCACCGAAUCGUUCACCUGCUCGGUCAAAAGAGGGUUCCCAUCAUUCGCGCUCCAAGUCCCGCUCUCGCUCGAGAUCCAAGAGAUCUCGUUCUCACCGGAGUUCCCGCAAGCAUUACAGUCGUUCCCGCUCGCGCUCCCACUCUCGCCGAAGACACUCCCGCAGUCGCUCCUACAGCAGCGAAUACCGUCGCCACCGCAGCCAUAGUCACUCUCCUAUGUCAAACCGUAGACGUCAUAUUGGUGACAGGGGAAACCCAGACCCAAACUGCUGCUUGGGAGUGUUCGGGCUAAGUCUGUACACCACAGAGAGGGACCUGAGGGAGGUCUUCUCCAAGUACGGCCCCCUGAGUGAUGUCAGCAUUGUGUAUGAUCAGCAGUCUCGACGCUCCAGGGGUUUUGCCUUUGUUUACUUCGAGAACAGAGAAGAUUCCAAGGAGGCUAAAGAGCGUGCAAAUGGCAUGGAGCUGGAUGGCCGCAGAAUCAGAGUCGACUAUUCGAUUACAAAGAGGCCACACACACCUACCCCUGGAAUUUAUAUGGGUAGACCAACAUACGGUGGAGGUCCGAGUGUGAGCCGACGUCGUGAUAAUUACGAUCGCGGCAAUGACCGGGGGUAUGAUCGCUAUGAUGACCGUGACUAUUACAGUAACAGCAGCAGCAGGUCUUACAGGAGAAGGUCACCCUCUCCCUAUUACAGCCGAGGACCAUACAGAUCAAGAUCACGCUCUCGCUCCUAUUCUCCACGUCACUAUUGAAAAGUGUACUUGGAAUGCUCCCCUUGAAGAUGAUGAUGAUGAUGACAAUGACGUAGAUGUUUAUUUCUGGUGGCAUGAGUUUAGAUGUACUUCAAACUCUGUCCCUUCUAUUUGUUGCCUGAAGGUUUCAUGUGACAUGUUUCAGUAGAUGGAUGAAUAUUUUUGCACUGUUGUGUUUUGUUUUUUGGUCUGAUGCUGAACUUUUUGCGUUUCUUUGUGAAGUUUCUGGCUCACACCCCAUUAUGUUUUUAUGCAUUUUAGGCUUAGCAGUGGUCUUGCAAUAAACUGCUUUAUACCUCUUA